UGCGUGGCCGCGGCCGCCGACCGGGACGAGAUCACCGUGUGCAUCACGCCGACCACCGGCGGCCAGUUCGAGCUCGCGGUGGACCGCAACGACACCGUGGAGAAUCUCAAAAAGAUCAUCUCCAAGAAGCUGAAGGUCGCCAAGGAGCGCAUCUGCCUGCUGCAUCGCGAGAGGCAGCUGCGCGAAGGAACACUCGCGGAAAACGGCCUACAGAACGACAGUCGGCUGACGCUGCUGCCGAGCGUGGAAACCGGAUUGUUGGCGCAACGACCGGAGCAGAGCGUAAUGCAGGCCUUGGAGAGUCUCAAUGAUUCACAGGUGAAUGACUUCUUGUCCGGCAAGGCGCCGCUUAAUCUGACGAUGCGACUGGGCGACCACAUGAUGUUGAUCCAGCUGCAGUUGUCUACCGUAACCCCGGCAUCGCCGACCGCCACUCAAGCAACCUCCGCCAGCAGUAACGGCCACAAUCACCACAGCAGCAGCAGCAGCAGCAGUAGCAACAACGUCGCUGGCUUGCCUAACAGUGGUAAUGUCACGAGCAUGUCCAAUUUGUCUGGCGGUCACUCGUCGUUACAGGCCAGAAGAUGCCUAACGGCCAGAUCACCGGGAAAUAUCGUCAAGCCGCAGAACGCCGCCGGGGCACCGGCUGGCAGAACGUCGCAUCUAAUUAGCAGCCUCGCCAGCGCCCUACACGCAGCUGCCAGCUACAGCAGCAGCAGCAGCAGUCUACCCACCGCCAGUAUCACUACCACGACCACCAGCCCGGUAUGCUCCAGCCGGGUCACAACAUCCUCCACGUCCGUCUCGGCGGCGCCAAUUAGCCCGACGCAUUCGUCGUCAUUGUCGUCCAGCGGCAACUCGGGCCAGUCUACGCGUGGCAAUUCGCACGGCGUCCCACCUACGAAUGGCAAUUCUUCCAGCGCGUGUCAGCCCUGUCCGCUCUAUCAUCAUCAUCAUCAUCACGGCCAUCAUCACGGUCAUCACCAUGGUCACCAUCAUCACCACCACCACCAUCACCAUCAUCACCAUUCGAGAAACAAACCUAGCUUGCCCAACCUUUCCUCUUCUUCUUCCUCCUCCUCCUUCAGUUCGGGUUCGUCCCCGAUUCAGGAGCAGCCUGCCUUGGAGCCGAUGUCCUACGACGCGACGCUACCCAGGAAGAAGCUCUGCAGCGGCCAUCACCAUCACGGCCAGCCGUCGUCGUCCGUUACCACCAGUAGUGGCGUAGACGCCACGAGGAGUCAGCACGAGGAAUCGAAUCCGCAGAGCCCGACGUGCGCCUCAUCGCUGAUGCUGGAGCAGUCGCCGCCCAAGCCCGCCACCCUCGACACCCGGGCGCUCGCCGAGGCGUCUCGGAACCUCACCCAGAAGCUGAAGCAGCUCUCCUCUGAGGUACUCACCUCGCGGGUCGACCUCGCAGAGGAGAACGCGAGACGCAGGCAAGGCGCUAUAAUAGAGAGUAUGCAUCAUCAUGGCAAGGGCGUGUAUUCGGGCACGUUCAGCGGCACGCUGAACCCAGCCCUCCAGGACAGACACGGUCGGCCGAAGCGGGACAUUAGCACCAUCAUUCACAUCCUGAAUGACUUGCUCUGCGCGACACCGGCCGCAUCCGCAGGCCACUACAGGCAUCAUCAUCACAGGCAUUCGCAUACCCGCCAGCAAUCCUCCUCGAUGUCCGCAUCCUCCGCGGGCAUCGCAGCCGCCGCGAGUGGAUCCACCACGUCGGUCGGCUGUCACGAUUCCACACCAGGCUACUCCAGCGAGGAAUUGUCGAAGGAGAACGAGGCGACGAAGGGCAAGAUGCGUCGGUUGCGUUUAGUCAUGGAGCAACGUCGCGCUAAGAGAAAAGCCAGGCGACAGGCGCGAGCGGCGCCGUACACCACGCAGUGGGCAGCGAUGACUCCCGCCGACCCGAACCACGAGCCGAACACGUCGACUGCGACCUCGGGCACCACCACCACCGCUAACAGCGCGGAGCCGCAAAACGAGCCGGAGCUUCAGCCGUGUAGCCCCGAACCGGUCGUAGCUUAAAUACCACGUCACUGGCAGUCAAUUCACGGCACAGUAGUAUCCUCUAUAUUCGUACACAUAGGGUAUGAUUGUCGUUCGCGUUUCUACCUAUCGCACUGAUUUAUUCCGAUGGAAGAGAAUGCAGGAUCGAACGUGUCCUAUUCACAGCAGUUACAUCCGUUCCGUACAACUCUCAUUCCGCGCAACCAAACGCUGCAAAACGUUCUAAAUGUUUUGAUUUGACACCUAUUUUUGUUGAUACCCCGUACACGAUCAUUACCGCGGAUCCGCUGAGUUUCUCUCCGUAUUAUGCAAGUGUCUCGCUUUCUCCGAUUCGCAUUACCUUAUGCAAAUAGACGUAAUUCACGAAGAUUCGCUGGCUGACGGAUUGAGAGAUGAACUCCAAUCAUUUGUCCUUUCCUUCUAACGCUCAGAAUCGUCCCUCAAUUAAUGUAACAUUCCUUUUCUAUUUUCUUUUUUUUUACAAAUAUCUUGUUUUGCAGAGUUCUGUUCUUAGGAUCAGGAAUCUCUCUUUUUUUGUCACCUGUCUUUAAAUUCCUUUCUGCGAUGCAACAACAUCGCAUGCGUCACGCAUUAAUAUACAGUCGUCCCACAAAAAAAACCACUUGCAAUUCAUCUUCAUCCACGAACACAUCGUUCCAACUCAAUCGCGUUUGCUUAUUACUAUCAUCAAGGCACAAUGACAACGCAUCACGAUGAUCACACGAACGUUUCCCAUGACGCGGACGGCAUGCGAAGCGCGUCGGGGCAUUUGAGUGUCUAUGAAAAUGAUCGUGCGUGGCGCUAUGGUUAUAUAUUAGGCAAUAUAUAGUGUUACCGCUAUAAUAAAAAAAAUUUAUAUUACAUAUAUUACAUAUAUAUCAUUACUAUUAUGUGUAUUUAGCGUAACGAAAUACUGGGUAUCUUACGGCUAUCGUUUUCGAACGUUGAUAAAACGGUGAUCUCGCAGUGUUUGGCCGGACUCAGGACUUGAUCGUAGUUGACAAUAAUUACGCUCGGCGAAUGAAUCAGUGUGACGGUUUUAUGUAUCUGUACAUCGACAUCGCGCGGGAAGUCGAUGAAUCGUUCUGAAAGGGAGAGAGAGAAAGAUUGAGAGAGAGAGAGAAAGA